ACAGCAAGCUAACAGAGAUGUUAGCCCAGCUGGUUUUUUGUACAUUACCGUUCGCUUGAUUUUUGCCGCAAAGCAAACUGAAUCGGUACCGUUUCAAAACCGUAUAUCCAAGGAGCGACAGAAGAGACAAGGAUGUAGACGUCUGAUCUUUGUUCUCAUUCAUAGCUGUUAUGUGUAUUUAGUACGUGUGUGUUCUGUUAUGUUUAGCAUUAUUUUCUGUUUUCAUCGCCGCACCCACCAUAACGUUAUUCAUUUUUUAUUGUGUGCUAGUAGCUAACGUUUGCUAUCGCUAAUACUGGCUUUGGAGCUGGGCAGCAGGUGCAACGUUGUUUGACACAGCAGAAGACUAGCUAGCUACGAUAAAGCGUCGCGGUUGGUUUAAAUAGCCAAUAAGCUAAUCUGAAAUCAUUAUCUGCGAAUACUGUCCAUGCUGACUGGCUCCCAGUUUCGUGCCACAGCCUCACCAAUCUAAAGCCCAGUAAUUAGUCAGCUUAGUAUCAAACGGUAAUCAUAAUGACAGGAGAGAAGAUACGCACCAUGCGAAAGGACCAUAACAAAUCAAACAAAAAUGACGAGAUAAUGGACACGUACGAUGAGACCUCAAACGGGACUAUCCCUAACGGUACCAGUAACCUUUACAAAUCCAACAAGGCUUUUCAGAAAUCAGUCAAAACCUCGGUACUGCAGCAGCAGCUCAAUGCAAACAACAUUAACGGCAAUCCAUCAUCAAAUGAGACUAUUGUCAACGAUAAUAACAAGAACCCAAUAAUCCUGACAAGUGAGGACUUGGAGUUCCCUGUUCACGAAUGCGUCUUCAAGGGAGAUGUCCGUCGGCUCUCCUCUCUCAUCAGGACCCAUAGCAUAUCUCAGAAGGAUGUACAUGGAAACACACCUCUUCACCUGGCUGUGAUGCUGGGCCACAAAGAAUGUGCCCUCCUGCUAUUGGCCCAUAAUGCUCCCGUAAAGAUAAAGAACGCACAGGGGUGGAGCCCACUAGCAGAAGCCAUCAGCUACGGCGACAGACAGAUGAUCACAGCUAUACUGCGAAAGUUAAAGCAGCAAUCCAGGGAGAGUGUGGAGGAUAAGAGGCCAAAGCUACUGAAAGCUCUCAGGGAGCUUGGAGACUUUUAUCUGGAGCUGCAUUGGGACUUUCAGAGCUGGGUGCCUUUGUUGUCCCGAAUGCUUCCAUCUGAUGCUUGUAAAAUCUACAAGCAGGGAAUUAAUAUCAGACUUGACACCACACUCAUAGACUUUACUGAUAUGAAGUGCCAGCGUGGAGAUCUGAGUUUCAUUUUCAACGGCGAUGCUACGCCCUCCCAGUCCUUUGUGGUUCUGGACAAUGAAGCAAAAGUGUACCAAAGAAUACACCAUGAGGAGUCAGAGAUGGAGACCGAAGAAGAGGUGGAUAUUUUGAUGAGCAGUGAUGUCUAUUCUGCAACUCUGUCCACCAAGUCCAUCACUUUCUCUCGUAGUCAGAUAGGCUGGCUGUUCAGAGAGGACAAAACGGAGAGAGUUGGAAACUUUCUGGCUGACUUCUAUUCUGUGAACGGUCUGGUUCUGGAGUCACGUAAAAGGCGAGAACACCUAAGUGAGGAGGACAUCUUGAGGAACAAAGCCAUCAUGGAGAGCUUGAGUAAAGGAGGCAGCAUCAGUGAGCAAAAUUUUGAGGCUGCAAGAAGGCAGUCUCUCACAGCUCCAGCACCCAACACAAUUUCUUGGGAAGAGUACAUCACUGCAGAGCACGGAAAGCCACCUCAUCUUGGGAGAGAGCUUGUAUGUAAGGAAAGCAAGAAGAACUUCAAAGCCACUGUAGCCAUGAGCCAGGAUUUCCCUCUGGGCAUUGAGUCGUUACUAAACGUGCUGGAGGUCAUAGCUCCGUUCAAGCACUUCAACAAACUGCGAGAGUUUGUUCAGAUGAAACUUCCACCUGGGUUUCCAGUCAAACUCGACAUCCCCGUCUUCCCCACGAUCACAGCAACUGUCACAUUUCAGGAAUUUCGCUACGACGAAUUUGAAGAGUCUAUUUUCUUCAUCCCUGAUAAAUACAAAGAAGAUCCCAGUCGCUUCCCUGACCUCUGACCUGUAAACACAUCUGACACAAACAGACCAGUGAGGUGAUAUGUUGGGGAUGUGGGUAGCAAAAAUGAGGAAUCCUGUAUUGUUUUAUCCAUAUUAAAAAGGGGAAUUGAUCUUAUUGAUCAGUUAAUGCUUAUUUUGCUGGAUGGAUCAAAAGCAAAUCAAUGCAAAAGGAUAUUACAUCUCAUUUAUAGAUGCAUAUUGAUUGAGGCUUUUUUUUGUGAAACAAGUGAUGGCUUUCAUUGUACUGGCUGUUCACCACCUGAGCAGUUAAAUCCACUGCUCUGUGCUGCUGUCCUCUCCUGUGAAAGCUAUUAGAAGGUACACUCUGGACUGUUCUUCAUCCCCGUCCCCCAAGGACUGAUAACUGAAUUGUCAUUCUUAAAACUGCACUGACACUGUCAUCUGUAAAUAAUUCACAUCUCAUUUGUAAUUCAUAGCAAAGAAAAAAAAAAGAACCACAAAUAUAGUUAUAUCCUCAAACUGAGCUUAAUAUUCAUUUAUAAAUUAUGUACUAUAUAUAAAUAUAUAUACUCAAAAGAGUAACACUGUGUAGCAAUACAUUUACAGUACUUAAGAAUGUUUUUAACCAGCUGAGAAAAGGUUAGCGUAAAAACAGUUCGAUUCUUAACAGUUCGAUAUCCGAGCCUUUUCCCUUGUGCAGGAUGCAGUCUCCUGUAUUUUCAGGUUCAUUCAUGUUACCUCUCGACUGUCUCCAUGUUUGUCGUGAUAGUAUGGAUUCUGUGCUCUGUGUGAGUGAAUCAUUGUACUGUAUCAAGGGUUGUCGUAUGUACGUUUGUGUGUGGGAGAAACCAGAUGGGAUAUCAGGUAAACUGUUCCUAGUUAAAUACUGCACUGAUGUUAAGGCAUAUUUAAGGCAUGCUAUGGCUUUGUUGGCCUACUGGAUCACAGGCAUCUUUAAGAUAUAUUCUCUGAACAUUUGUUACAUAUACUUGCAGAUUUAUUGGUAUUUAGGUUAAGGAAAACUAAAAAUUGUAACACUAACACUCUGAAACACCUUUUAGUGCUUAUAAAAUCUCUCCUUGAUGUUAGUUGAUGUAUGCUUAUUUUUCCCUUCUCCUCCUCCCCCCCAAUUCAAGGAGAGUAAACCAAGCUGUGAAGUUGAAACUGUCCGAACGGGAAAUAUUCUGUCCCAUUGAGUUGUCUCUGGCUUCAGCUAACAUGUACUGCAACCAUACCUACUUCACAUCCCUUUAAAUAAAGCACCAGCAUCACAUUUCAACUGACUUUGUGCAGGUAUAAUAAAAAGACAGUGUUGUAUAUGAGGCUUCCAAA